AUGCUGUUUUCUGUGGCACAGCAGCACAGACCCGGUCGUCACCCUGCUACUGCUCGAGAGAAAUGGUCAAAGAUGACCAACCAAUUAGUCAUGAAAUGCUACAUCAUGAGUGAACCUGAUAAAAGAGGGUAUAGGAAGAGAAUGUGGAAGAUCUGGAAUGAAAAUGGAGGAGAUCCCAUUGGUGAACAGAGGUUAGCUGAUCAGCUGAGAUCAGAAAAUGUAGAAGAAACUCCGGAGGUUCUAGAUAAUGGGAAUGAAAACACCGAGGAAGUGAAUCGAAACCAACCUGUAGAAACAACAGAUCAGAGCAGCAAUGAAAUAGACCAGAGUAACACCGUGAAUGAGGAAGAUGAGUUCAAUGAAGAGAACCAAAGAAUGUUGGAGAACAUAAUAGAGAAGCUGAAGACGGAAACAAUAAAUCCUCCAAUGAAUCUGAGAAAUCUAGACAGAAAUAAACUUAGAAAAGAUAUUAAUCACCUCGAAGAUCUUUCCAAAGAGAAAUUAAGGAGAAAGAAAGAAUCAAUCUCUGAAAGACUUGAAAGGAAAUACCAUGUGAAGAAUAAAGGGACUAAAGUCGUAAUCGAAGAGUUGAAGCAGCGAGUCCAGGCAAAAGCAGCUAAGGUCAAGAGAUGUGAAAAUCGAAGCAAUCAGUAUCGACAGAACAGAAUGUUCCAAUCAAAUCGGAAGAGACUAUUUGAAGAAUUAGAAGGGAACAUCAGUAAUGAAACGGUAGUACCCGAUGCAGAGGAGAGCAGAACAUUUUGGAAUAACAUCUGGGGGAAAAGUACGAAGCAUAACACAGAAGCUGAAUGGUUACAAGACCUCAAAGAUGAAUACACCAACAAGCCGAAACAGGCAGAUAUAGUCAUUAACAAGAAGAUGCUAGACAACCAAAUGAGAAAGAUGCCUAACUGGAAAGCUCCUGGGCUGGACGGGCUGCAAGGUUUUUGGUUGAAGAACUUCACAUCCCUACGAGAGAGAAUUUGCCAACAAUUGAAUGAAUGCUUAGGUGAAAGAGAAGUGCCGAAUUGGAUGACAAAAGGAAGAACUGUCCUCAUUAUGAAGGAUAAAGAAAAGGGCAGAGAUGUCAAGAACUUCAGACCAGUCACCUGCUUGCCUCUGAUGUGGAAGUUGCUAACUGGUGUGUUAUCAGAGGAGAUGUACAAGCACCUAGAAGAGAAUGAAUUAUUACCAGACGAACAAAAAGGGUGCCGGAAAAGAUCAAGAGGAACAAAAGACCAACUGUUAAUUGAUAAGAUGAUAAUCAGAAACUGCAAAAGAAGAGGAACAGGUUUAGGAAUGGCUUGGAUAGACUACAAGAAAGCCUUUGAUAUGGUACCACAGUCGUGGCUAGUGGAAUGUAUGGAGUUGUUCGGGGUAGCCAGUAAUAUGACACAUUUUAUCUCAAGAAGUAUGAAGGAAUGGAAAACAGAACUUACCUCCGCAAGUGAAACCCUUGGGGAAGUUAACAUCAGAAGGGGAUUUUCUCAAGGCGACAGCCUUUCUGAUGUUGAUAGGCUGUAUGUAAAGAGAUCUAAAGGAGGAAGGGGAUUAAUCGGAGUUGAAGACUGUAUUGCCAUCGAAGUCCAAAGUUUGAGUAAAUAUCUAGAGAAGUCAACAGAAACAAUGUUGAAGGCUGUAGUGAAAGAACAAGUCCUGAAGAACAAAGACCGAAUGCUGAUAACAUCAUGA